CGCAGAGACUCUUGGUGUACAUACAGAUAUCUAUCGGUGGCCAUGUCUGCCCCACGGUCGUCUGUGUUUACAUUUGAGUCCACCGCUCAUUCCUCCCAUGUGCUGAGCUCCCUGGACGAGCAGCGGCAGCGCGACGUGUUGUGCGAUGUCACGGUGGUGGUGGAGGGCCAGAGUUUCAGAGCCCACCGCUCGGUGCUCGCUUCCUGUAGCGAGUACUUCGCGCAGAGGAUCUCCUCAUUCACACAACAUGGGGCAGUCGUCACUCUUCCCCAAGAGGUGACAGUCGCUGGCUUUGAACCCUUGUUGAAGUUUGCCUACACGUCCAAACUACUCUUUGGAAAAGAGGACGUCUUAGAAAUCCGAAACUCAGCGGUCAUUCUUGGCUUCAAAGACCUAGAUGAGGGAUGCUUUGAGUUUCUGCUCCCUAAGUUCCUCUCCACCACCGCCAAAGGCCCUCCUCCAUUCAAGAGAAAGACCUGUUGUAAAGAGAAGAACAAGCGACCGCCUUCAGAGGAAAACAGCAACACAGACUCCGACAGCGUAUUGUUGGAUGAAAAAGAAGUACAACCAGUAGCUGAGUCAUCAUGUCAGCAGGAAGUGGUUCGGGACUGUAACAAAUCAGUGAACAACAAAGUGGGAAGUCAGAAGAGCACAGACACUAGUGCACUAGUAGCUGAGGGGACAAAUGACAGUUUUAUGCAGUGUCCAAAGUAUCGCAAGUUCCAGCUAGCUUGCGGGAAGGACGCUUCUGUCACAGAGAAGAGUCUGGUCAAAACAGCAGGGGUCAGGGAUGACUGUGUCAUCUCUGACUUGCCAUGUUCCAGCAGUGCAAACAGUAAGAACGAAACCAAGGCUGAAAUCUCUGGAAAUUCAGUUUUAAGUGGCUACAGACAGAAUAAAGGAGGGACUGAUGAGCCAUGGAAAAUUCAAAUGCAUGAUGGGAAGACAGAGAACUGCUUGGGCAGAGCGACAGCUCUUAUGGUUAAGAAGGACACAAAUGAAGGAGGGGGCAAACGGAGCGAGAAAGUACGAGAGAAUGACAUUGAAAUGGACGAAGGGCUAGAGGGCGCAAGUGCAAUCGCCUCCUUGGAAAUAUCCAGUGUCCAGUCAGACUCCUCAGAGUCAAGCGCAAUGCUGACUGAGGGGUCAUCAGGGUUAAUGCUGCACCGUGGCCCUCCAAGGGCCUUGAAUGAGGGUCCUGUAAUCUGUAGAUCACUGAGGCAGGAAAGGUUUUGUAUGGACAUUGAAGAAGUAAUAAGCCCUAUUGUACGAUGGCCAAUCUCCAGUCAAAAAAAGGCCGAGGAUAAGAUAGAGGGGAAGAGGGUAGAUAAUACCCUUCAAGAAGCAAGACAGGAAGGAAGCAAAAAUGGAAGAGUAGCAUUGCCUGUAAAUAAUAUCACUGUGGAGAAGGAAAUGGCUGAGAGCCUGGCACGGCAGCUGGGAUCUGACACAGGCCACUCUCAGCUCAACUAUCAUGAACCUGAGGGCGGAUGUCCCACCAAUAUAGGGGCCCGAUGCCUGCAGAGCACAUCUUUAGAGUGGCCGAAGCAUAAUACCCCGAAAACAAGCUGUCCCCUUUUCCAGGAUCUGGACCAAAGGAAAUAUUCAUGGAAAGGAGAAGGGCUGUCUGAGUGUGAGGGGGCAUCUCAGUCAGGUGUGUCUUCCUUUAACUCGGGGGAGGACGGCGACUCGGAGACAGAAACAGAAGGAGACAGCGAGUCCUCCACAUUAGAGAGGGCCAGGCAGGUGCAGCUGCCAUUCUCUGUAGACUGGAUAGUGGAGCUGAGCCGAAACGACUUCCAGCAGCUGCUAAAGCAACAUGCCUUUACGCGUGAACAGCUGGACUUUGUCCAUGAUAUGAGACGACGCAGCAAAAACCGCCUCGCAGCACAGCGAUGCCGCAAAAGAAAACUGGACUGCAUAUCUAAUCUGCAGUGUGAAAUCAACAAGCUGAAAACAGAGAGGGAGAAACUGCUGCUGGAGAAGAGCCAGCUGAGCCAGCUAAAGUUCAAAACGUGUCACAGUGUUUCUGCUUUAUGCCAGAGGGUCUGCAGCGAAGCAAAUCUACAGCCAGAGCAGCUGCAGCUGACUGCAGACUGCACAAGAAAUGCGCGAUAACUUAGGUGCGUAUUGCCCUCUAGUGGCAGUGUGUGUGUAUAUGCAAUCAUUCCACUAAGUACAGACGAGUAGUUUGUACUACAUUGAGCUCUUCUAUUGAUUGUGUGUGUUUUUUAAGUCAUGUCCCAAAAGUACUGUUUCUUUCUAUGAACUUUUGCAAAUGCAUUCCUGCUUUUUUCUUAUUUUUAGACCAUAUGUAAAAACAAAACAAAAAACCCCAAUAUUAAACUGAAUAAAGAAGCAUAAAGUUUCCCAAACAGUAAAAUAUGUUUCUUUGUCCUUCACUUUUAAUCCCAAAAAACAUCAGUAACGUUAAUGAGAUGUAAUAUUUCUUAGCAUGUAUGACAGAUAACUUAGCUCACCGGGUCUUCAGAGGACUCAUCUUUCAAAUUGGACAGACAUAUUAAUGAUUUAUUACUACACUACAUUCUUAAUAUUACUCCCUUUAGAACAUAGACACUCUCUACCACUUUGUCUCACCUCUGUGCUUUUUAAUCUCCUUCCUGAUCUUCCCUUUGUUUUCCCCCUUUUCAUCAUUGCCCCCCCCCUUCUCUGUCAGGAGGCUGAUUUAAUUGGCAGUGUUUUUAUUUCAUCUCUUAGUUUUCUUUUAAGUGAGCAAAAACAGCACCACGUGCACUGGAUGACUUCAACACUACACCAAGGUUUGUUAAUCGCAAUAUUAUCAGUCAUUCUCGCAGCUUACUCAGGGUGAAAGAAUGUAUGAAACUGGACGCAAAAGGUCAAGCAGGUUAAUUUGGCCAAAUUGAUUGAUUGGUUGGGAACUGACAAACGAUAAGUUCCAAGGGCUUAAAGAUGAGGAAAUCACCUUAAAGCAGGUGGUCUUUAGCCUGGGAAAGAUCUGCUGUUAUUCACAAAAUGUGAUUAAGUUCAAAAUCCAGUCAUUCUCGAGUGGCUGCACUUUUUUUUUUCUUUCUUUCUCUUUGUCUGCAGAAAUUGGACAGCUUGGAAAUGCACUGAAUGAGUCAUAUUUGUAUACGACCCCGGUUUAUAGCAAGUAAAGUUUAGGAUUUGUAUAAAAAUACAAAUGUAAUUCAUAUGAACUGUUUCACUUCUCAGUGACUAACUGGUAUGUGUGAGUCUUGAAGUAAAAGCAGCUGCAAUGUGCCUAACUUUACAAGAGGUGGCUCCACAUGAACAAUUCUUGGCAGUGACCACAGGGAGAAAAGCACUGUCAGAUCAUCAGACCAAGUCAUUUUUAUGAUCUCCAUACUUGUAACUGAAUUAUCAAACUUGUCACAUGAGAUUAAUUAAGGUAGCUGAUUGUGUGCUAAUAAAGUACAGAGCGAUCUGUUUUAAUCAGUGUGAAACGUUUUAUGUUUUUUAAAGCAGUUAUGAUGACAAAUUCAGCGUGUCUGUUGGUUUACCUCCACUGACUCCUUGGUAACCUUUUGUUGCUGUAACAUUUUAGCGCCGUGUCUCUUCGAUCUUCUCUUACUACCAGCUUCUCUCGCUCUUCCUGUCUCACAGAGAAUAUAUGGACAUUUUCUGUAGGUGGUUCUUUGGCAGAGCCCGAGAGCCACACAGAGCAUGCCUUAAUGUGCUCGUGUCUCCAAAUUCCAGAAAUCAAGAGUUAAAUCUGCCCCAUCUCUCAUCACACAAUGAGUUUAAACUUUAAGAAUAAACAGAGAAUGAAAUAAAAAUUGCCGUUUGUUUUAUUUUGAAUGCCAUAUUUUGUGACUAAUAUCCUCAAACAGCUUUUCAGUGAUUCAUUUACAGAUUGGUGACAAAUUAAAGGAAAAAACAAACCCUGACCUGUUUACAGUCGAGGGCUGUUCUGCUAUUUGGGGAUAUUUUUCUGGUUUGAUUUGGGAUCUUAACCAUCCUGACUGACAGAAAUGCCAUGCUUUGUUUCUAUCCUGCCCCCUGACAGUGCAAGACAGGACAAGAAGGGUCAAAUGAAUAGUAUAAAUAUGAAAAUUAUGAUUUAGAUGUUACAGCCUUUCAGAGUUAGACAAUCCUCUUCACCAUCACCAUCAGAGCAUCAAUUACAGAACAUAAGAUUUUUCAGGACACCUGCAAAAAGUAGUUUCCUAAAUAAAGAAUUGUGUUGCUGGAGGUUUCAUGGAGACAAAAUACAAACCAUUUUCAUGUGUUUUUGAACUUCCCCACAACUCCAGCAACACUGGUCUCAGCUAAAGAUAGCUAUGGGAAGACUAUUUAAGAUAACAGUCCCCUUUUCUUUCAAGAUCUUAUAUUUAGGUUUGAGAGCAGAUACACUGGAUGAGUUUGAAAACAAAUAUCUGUACAAAAUUUAAUUGACUCUGACAAGAAAAUGGUUGGUGAAAGACUCUCCUUCACUUGAGGACUAGAUUAAUGUAGUUCACGACAUUUACGCGAUUGAAAAGCUGACAUUUAUUUUAAGACAGGAAGAGGAAAAGUUUUUAAGUUCUGGGGAUCCUUGAUAAUGACGUAUAUGAUCAUUUAUAGCAGAUACUUCCGCUCCCUACUUGCUAACCUCCUCAAAGUUAUGUUAAUAUUACCUUAUUUACCUACUUUCUUUAUUGGUUUUGGGUUAAAUGUGUUACCAAAAAAAUAAUAAUGUGAAAGCUGUUGUGGUGUGAUAUAACAUGUACAUCCUUGGUUCCAAAUAAAAAUUGAAAUAACAAAAAAAAAAAAAAAAACAAA